AUAGAAAUAGUUGCGAGUAAACAAAGUUGGACAAACGAUGGCUGCGUCGACUUUGAAACCUGUUUUAACAUCAAAAAUCACUUCGAGUGCUUCGCAAACUCCGCUGAGAAGAAACGAAAAACUUCCUAACUUUAAGUUGAGAGAAGCUGGCGAUCCUUUGAAAAUCUUGGAUCCCGAACGAAAGAAGUUGACAUCCAUUGAAUCGCAACGUGUAAUGGGUGUAAUUGAGGACACUAUAAAGCGACUUGAACUAUCUACAAUUCUUCCUUUUGUAGUGGAAAAUCUCGACCGGUUUUCAGUGCGUUUAGGCGCAGAUUUGACAAACUUUUUAAAGGAGCACAAUGGUCUUCGAGAACAGUAUCAAAAAGCCGUAUCGCUGUUGCAUUUGCAGCAAAAACAUCUAGAAAAUUUGCAUGAGAAAUUCACAGAACAAAAGAAGAGACAAGAAACAGAAUUCGUUUCAUCAAGUAAAAGACGUAUUUCUUUUAAUACAAAGAAAUUGCCAAACGACGUAAGUUAUUUCGACAUAAAUUUAGCAGAAGGAAAGAUGAAAGCAGAGUUGAAACAAGUGAACGAAUUGAAGGAAAAACUUCAACUUUCUGUUCGUAUUAUUCUUCGACACUUUGUUCGAGGUCCUACAGACACGUUUCGCAACCAAACCAAGGAGCGCUCUGAAGUUGCUAACGAGAUGCUCCGACAGUUGUGUGCAUUAAAGAAUGCUUUGUUUGAACGCUUGCUUCGAACUCCGUCCGAAUUAAAGGAAAGGGAAAGAUAUUUGAAAUUUAUCCACCAACGCGAAGUAAAAGUGCGUAAGCAUGAAGCAAAAUUGCAAGAAGAGCUGAGAAUUGCCACGGAAGAUAUGGAAAACGAGCUGGAAAAACACAAUGAAACAAUUCGCAAACUAAGAUUAAACAUUUUCAAUGUGGAGAAAAAGUCAAGGGAAAGCAAUGAAAGGGCAAUGAAUGAGUCGUCAAAGGAACAACUUGCCCAGCAGAAAAACUCUAAUUUAAAAAAUUUGAAUUUGCAACAAGAAAUAAUUGAACAGAAGAAACGUAUUGAUGUAUCAGUCACUAAGCAUAGAGAAAGUGAACUGGCUCUUCGUAAGAAAAGGUUCAAGGUUGAAACAGAAGUAGAAAAUUGGAUACAAAAGUAUGAUACUGACAUGGAUGAACGACAGGACGAGCUUGAUCAGUUAGACGAAAUUUACACGAAAGAGAAGAAGCAGUUGAACGAGCUCGAAGAACGCUUCAAGGCUAUGGAGACGGAAUACAAGGACAUCAUGGAGUCGAGGAGGAUUGCUCGUGAGAAAGCUGAGGAGGCAAACAGGGAGCUCCAGGCUAUGACAAAGGCAGCUACUUUGAUUCAAUCAUUUUGGCGCGCGUUCAAAGCACGAAAGCAACUAAAGAGAAAAAAGAAAAAAGGCAAAAAAGGAAAGAAGGGAGCAAAAAAGAGACGAAAAUGAAGAAAUAUGUUUUUGUUGGUGUUUUUCCACUUAUACUGCUCGUAUUUUUUCACUUCACUUCAGUAACUCAAUGACUGAAAGUAACCCUUAAUUAGCAACGAUUGUUGAACACGAUCACUUUGCUAUUUGUCAUCGUUAAUGAGAAAACAGAAAAUCGACGAAUCUAUACACGAAAAGACAGAAAGGUUCGCUGAGAAGAAAACGAAAGCUGCUGAAUAAAAAGUGAAGAAUUGAUUUGACAUAAGUGAAAAUGACGUGCUAUACAUAACUGGAAAGUUUUGUCUAAACAAAGACCUUAAAACGUAGUUGGGUUGUGAUUCGCUGACGUAUGUAUAACGAAAUCUUGAAACUUCUCUAGGGGGCAGAAACGUCGAUGGAAAGAAUUAAAGGUAAGAAAUCGAUUCCUUUCCGAGACAAGUCAGCUGUCUUGUGUAAAUAAACCGUCCGCGGUUGAAGAGAUGAAAUACGAAGAUUAACUUAGUGUCUCUUAGGGCUGAAUUCAGGGGCCGGUAGUAUAAAGCUCUUAGCUACUUUUUAAAUACCAUUUUUGCAGUUAAAAACCACGCAGUUAUGUAAGUCGGUUGUAUAAAAAAGUAGUUACCGCUAACUGCAGUUAAAGUAUUUAUACAACCGGCCCCAGCUGUCAUGUUUUUUACAUGUAAAUAUUGUAAGUAAUUAAAUGUUUUUGAAAUUGGCGUCUUCAUAAAAUAUUUAUGAACAAUGCCGCAACUAAAACAUUUCAAAACAGUGUUAUCUUGCUGACCAAUCACCUUUAUGAUUUAAUAAGUGUGUUUGAAAAGAUUUACAAUUUUAUGUUCGUUUACCUACAUUUUGUAAACAAGAGUAAGAAUCAAACAUUAAAAUAAUUUUUCACUACGUA